GCACCUCGACUCGCACCCAUCAACACCCUCACGCACUGUCGCUUGCUGCACCUCCUCGCAGCACUACUCCUCCUACGGACCCCCAGCAUUCAUAUCCGCCUUCCUGAGUCCUCCCGCCCGACCAGCUGCAACCCUCUCUUCGCCUCCCAGCUUCAAGCCAUUCGCCGCCUUUUCCUUGUCGCCUCUGCGAUUCACGAUCCGCCCGCCAAGUCCGAAACCGAUUCGAAUGCGAUAGGCCCUCACCAGUCUUGUUGCCUCGUCGACGCCAAUUCCGACGCGCCUCCCACCAAACUGACAACCUUGCGCGCGCGCGCCAACCCAAAUCGCUCGAGAGGACAUCCUUCGCGGCAAUCUCUGAGGUCUCGGGACUAAAUCAUUUUGGCCUAUGCUUCAAGUUCCUCGCAAUUCCGCCCGCAACUGAGGCCGAUCCGAGAUCCCGCCUCUCUCCGCCUUGACGAGCCAGCCACGAACCGAAUCGCUACUGGCCCAUCACCGCCACCCUUCGAUACGACCUGCGCCCCGCAUCCGAAGAUGGGUGCCAUCUCGGAUGCUCUCGCCGGCAACGGCCUGGCAUCAUCAUCGAAGCGCCCCGGCAGAGACCCGCGCAGUCCUGCAAUCGCAACACCCGCGAGGAGCACCACCCCGCCUCCAGCUUCAGACCGCGCCCGCCUGGAGGCCAGGCAUCAUUUCGAGCCCAGUGGCUCGCGCAACUCGCGGGGCAGUGCACGGGCAAGCGACGUGGGUGUUGGCAGGGAAAGUGGCUUGGAUGCAGAUGCAGUGAACCAUGCUCUCAGGCGGGAGAUGCUGAGCAGGCAGCAGAGGGAAACCACGCCAAACGGAAGCCCGCACAGGAAACGCCAGCGGAUAAAUGGUGACAGAUUUAUCCCUACACGGUCAGGCCAGGAUUUGCAGGCCGGCUUCAGUUUGCUGCACGAGGACGGCUCCCCAGCAACCCCCUCCAAACAGAAGAAGCGCACCCCUCACGGCGAGCUCCAUUUCCAGAAGACUGAGGAGGCAAACCGCACCUUCUCGACCUUGUUGCGAGCCGAGCUCUUUGAGAGCUCGAUCCCGCAGGCAGCCCCCGCGCCAAUAGAUCACACGGUUCCAUCAGCGAGGGGGUCCAAUGUGCAUGAUGGCACCAGAGCACAAACACCUCCCCACAACCCCUCGCCGUCGCUCCCUGCCUCAUUAACUCCCUCCACUCCCCACAAGAACCUCUUCUCGUACAUGUCUCCUCGCCACAACAGCAUCGGCGGGCACCCGACACCAUCGCGGACGCCACAAAGUCGACACGGCCCCAACCUUGACACCAGGUCUGAAAUCUACAGCCUCUCUCCCGUUCGUUUUGGCAGCCAGCAGAUGCUCCUGAGUCCCCGUCGACAACCGAGAGCCGUCAGCAAGGUGCCUUAUAAAGUGCUUGACGCGCCAGAGCUAGCCGACGAUUUCUAUCUCAAUCUUGUUGACUGGGGCAGCGCCAACGUGCUGGGGGUAGGCCUGGGUUCCAGCGUGUACAUGUGGAACGCACAAACAAGUCGUGUCAACAAGCUGUGCACCCUGGAGGACGACACAGUAACCAGUGUAUCCUGGAUCCAGAAGGGCACGCACAUCGCCAUCGGCACAGGCAAGGGCCUUGUGCAAAUAUGGGACGCAGAGAAGACCCGGCGUUUGAGGACGAUGACCGGACACACCGCUAGGGUCGGCUCUCUGGCUUGGAACACACACAUCCUGACAUCGGGCUCCCGCGAUCGCCUCAUCUACCACCGCGACGUCAGGGCGCCUGACCAAUGGCUACGGAAGCUCGUCGGCCACAAACAAGAAGUCUGUGGUCUCAAGUGGAACUGCGAAGAUGGGCAGUUGGCGAGUGGAGGCAACGACAACAAGCUUAUGGUGUGGGACAAGCUCUCGGACACGCCGCUCUGGAAGUUCUCAGAUCACACUGCCGCAGUCAAGGCCAUGGCUUGGUCUCCGCACCAGCGGGGGCUUCUGGCAUCUGGUGGUGGUACCGCUGACAGGCGCAUCAUCUUUCACGAUACCUUGCGAGGCACUGUCAUCAACGAGAUCGAUACCGGAAGCCAGGUCUGCAACCUGGCCUGGUCCAAGAACUCGAACGAAAUCGUGUCGACGCACGGCUAUUCCCAGAACCAAAUAGUGGUUUGGAAGUACCCUUCCAUGACCCAGGUCGCCAGUCUGACGGGUCACACCUACCGAGUGCUCUAUUUGGCCAUGAGCCCAGACGGACGCACUGUCGUCACUGGCGCCGGCGACGAAACCCUGCGGUUCUGGAAUGUCUUUGGCCGGCGGCCCGGGGCCCGCGAGGAUGGCGAAAGCGGUGGACGGUUAUCCGACUGGGGCGUCAUCCGGUGAUGACCCGCCAGUGACAGAUUCUUGGCGCUCGCUCUAGCAAACUAAUCCCGCAUCUCUUCUGCUUGAGUGGCCCGCGGCCGCACCUCUCCAGGUUAGGGCAUGGACUCGUCUCGGUAGGGGGGGUCGCUUCGAGCUUGGUUCCACAGACCUGGGUCCAUUUUCUCCCACCUCUCUUCAUUUUCUAUUUCCGUGCCUUUCUCUUGCAUUGCAGCGGUGUUCUUCAUCAUCCGGUUUUGACUUUUAUCCUUGGUCCUCUAGCGGGGACCGGGCAGCAAACCUAUUUUUAUUCAUGAAUUGUUGGCUGGCUGGCUGGCUGGGUGAAAACGUGGCGGGUGCUCCUGGCGUACAUAGUAUUUUUAUGAUAUCAUGGGCUGGAAGGUUAUGUGUCAUGCCUUGGAUAUUGCGGUGAAGACUACAGCGGAAUCAGGGGCUCUCUACGGCGGCGGUUACAUCAGACUCUGGGGACGGGUCAACAGCCCAGUCGGCACGGAACUCAUGGCCAAGCAUUCAUGUAAUCGACGCAGCCCAGACCCCCGUCGCGAGGUGAAUCAUGACAACUUUCCGUGCGUUUUGCGGUGCAAUCCCUUUUGCAAUUUGAUACUGGGAACUGACCCGAGUGCAAAGAUGAGCAGGAACGCUCUCCCUCUGGUCUUUGGCUUAUGUGAGCACGUUGGAUGGGCUAGCUCGGCCUACCAACCU